AUCCAUCACGUAACCGUUACAAGAUAACGUAUUUGCUUCUAUGCCAAAAAUAGAGGGAAAAAAAAAGGAGAAAACUGAAACAGCAGAUUUACCCACUCAGACUGUCACACCUCACUUCCUUGUAUUUCUCUCUCACACACUCACGCACUCCGCAAUUCUCAGUUCUCAACUGCCGGGCCUCCAGUCUCCAUUGCCAGUUAAAAGUUUUGACUGAAAAGCAGGUGGAGAAGAGGCUGGAGUGUGCUAUACUAGUAACAGUGUUUAGUUACCAAGAAGAGGGCAAUGAGCACAUAGUAUUCCUAAAUAAUCAACAGUUUGACACUAUGCCCUCAAUGAAGAAGUUGAGGAGAUAGAAUUUCCAGAGCGAAUGCUUGAGUAGGUCAAAGUACAAAAGAUUGACGAAGGCAUGGGUAUUAGAGUUUCAGUUCAAUCCUGGGGGAAUGGUUGGGAGGGAAGAUGAGGGUGAAGGGGAUGGAGUACCUGAUGGUGUUAAGGAGAGUGGACAAAAGUAGUGUUAUAAGAACAACGAAGAAGGCGUUAUAGAGGGCAUAUUCAAUAAACUGCUGAAGGGGAUUGGAGAUCCAAUGGAUUUUGAACUUCCAGAAUGGUUGAAUAGAUGGAAACCUACAGCUUACAAGUUUAUUAAGCGCAAUAUAUAUCUCACGAAGAGGAAUAAGAGGCGUCUGGAGGAUGAUGGCAUAUUUUGUUCCUGCAGCUCAUCAACUGGAUCUUCUGGUGUUUGUGAUAGGGAUUGCCUUUGUAGCAUGCUGCAGUCCAGCUGCUCCUCAGGCUGCAAAUGUGGGAAUUCAUGCUUGAAUAAGCCAUUCCAUCAACGCCCUGCAAAGAAGAUGAAAAUAGUGCAGACUGAAAAAUGUGGAUUGGGAAUUGUUGCAGAUGAAGAUAUAAAGCAAGGAGAGUUUGUAAUCGAAUAUGUUGGAGAAGUUAUAGACGAUAAAACGUGUGAAGAUAGGCUUUGGAAGAUGAAACACAGUGGGGAAACAAAUUUUUACUUGUGUGAAAUCAAUAGAGAUAUGGUGAUUGAUGCUACUUACAAAGGAAACAAAUCCAGAUACAUCAAUCAUAGCUGUUGUCCUAAUACGGAAAUGCAGAAAUGGAGGAUUGACGGCGAAACAAGAAUUGGCAUAUAUGCAACACGUGAUAUCAGAAAGGGCGAGCAUUUGACCUAUGACUAUCAGUUUGUUCAAUUUGGUGCAGAUCAGAACUGCUACUGUGGUGCUGCAGGUUGUAGACAAAAGCUUGGGGUUAAACCUAACAAGCCAAAAACACCAUCUUCAGAUGCAGCACUCGAGAUAGUAGCCUGUCAGCUUGCUGUGACCUCUCCCAAAGUGAAAGCUUUUCUAUCUACAAAUGAUGUAUAUGCAAAUGGAGUUUCUUCUGCUGGAGUAAAGUGUGAUUCUGUUGUGAGAAAGUAUGCUCGGAGUUGCAUCGGAGAAGUAGUAAGAAUAAGCCACUCUCUCGAUAAGAGAUCUUUUGGAAUUGUAAAGCAGUUUGAUAAAAGCACCAGGAAACACUUGAUAAUGUUUGAAGACGGCACUCUUGAUUUCAUUGACAUGUCAAAAGUAGAGUGGGAGCUUUUGUAACCUUACAGGAUAAUUGAUAGGUAGUAGUAAUCAGAAAUCAAGCAUACAUGAUAUAGAGGAAAAUGCACGCUAACUGUUCAAGGAUAUGUUCUUAUAGAUAAGCAACAAUUUUGGACUUUUGCUUCACAGGGAUGUUGUUGUACCAUGUGUAUCUUGGCUCUGUUCAAAUUCUUGUAGUCAAUAAAAUAAUUUUACUUGUUUGAUUUUUGGCUUGAUAUCCCUAGCAUGGAUGAUAGCCGUCGCUGAUUCUUUCUGCCUCGAGAGUUGCAAGUGUAAUAUAGCUUUAGAAUGUGUCUAAACUGAUUUUGUAGCAAAUUCAUUUUGCCAUUUUUCAAUAGUGACAAUUUGUAUUUGCAUUGGUGAUAUUUACAUGUUUUCAUUAGUUGGUCCGCUUA